AUGCACCUGCAUCUGCACUUAUGCCAAACAAUGAUUGACUUUGGGCCCAUCUAUGGCUAUUGGCUUUUCAGCUUUGAAAGGUACAAUAGUGCUCUGAAAAAUAUCAAGACCAAUCAAAGAAACGGGUUCGAAUCAACAUUUAUGAGACAGUUUAUUGAAGAGUCGUGGAAGAGAGAUUUUGUUUGUCAACUUCUAAAACCUAUGGAUGCACUUGCAUGUUUUGAAAUUUUCGAUAAGUUCACCACCAACAACAACAACAACAACAACAACACCAACACCAACACCAACACCUACCUCUCUCACUCUUUCUCAAUUUCCGAAUAUCUUGAAGCUUCACAGAAUCUUUCAAUGACAAUUCGUGGAAACGAGCCCCUGCCACCAUCCGCCUUGCCAUUGAAAACAAGACCAUUAUCAUUUAUGCCAAAACAUGAAUAUGAUUGUCUUGUAGGAUAUUAUCAAGCUGCGUACAAGAAUCCACAGAUCUCAGAUUGCAAAGAUGUAAUUGAUGACUCACCUUUCGUCAAUGACUGGAUCGAAAUGGUGAAGUCUGUUGAUCUUCUUGGGCAAAGCUACAAAGGGUGCAUUGGCACGAAUGACCAUGGAUCAUAUAUACAAGCAUAUUUCACUGAACGAACUGGGUCGGAACAUGCGUAUAUUGGAGAGAUUCAGUAUCUUUUUGUUCACAAUUUUAGGCCAACUGUUUCUUCUCUAACAUACAGAAAUCCCCAUAGUAGUCAGCAUGUAUUUGCAUUUGUCAAAUGGUUCAAAUCCACUUCGGACAAAACAAGAGAAUUAGAAGGAGUUGAGUUGUUACAGGAUGAAUUCUACAAGCAAGAUUUUCAAAGCAUCCUGCCAGUACAUCGGAUUCUCCUAACAGUUGCAAUAGUAGAUUAUAAAACUACAAAAAACGUCAACAAAAAACUUGCAAUUCCUUUACCAAAAAAAAUUUACUAUUAA